AUGAUCGACUACCCCAGGAGGGUACCAGCACCCCUGGAGAAUCCCUCGCUGAGCAUCCACGACCGUGUUUCUCCACUUCUGAGCGUGGGUGCUCAGGCUGCCCCGCGUAUUCUGGGGGGGGGCAAAAUUCCGCUCAAGACUACAACUGCUCGGGGCAAACGGAGCAACAAGACCAAGGCGACCCCUGCCACGCUGUCCGUGAAUUUCUGCAAUAUCAGGGGACUUCACUCUAACCUAAACGCCGUCCACUACCAUCUCGAGACGGCGAGGCCGGCUCUGCUCUUUCUGACCGAGACGCAGGUGUCCUCUCCGGCUGAUGUCUCGUAUCUCUCCUGCCCGGGGUACAAACUGGAACACUCCUUUGUGCCUCGGGCUGGAGUUUGCGUUUACGUCAGAGAGGACAUCUGCUCUCGACGCCUCGGCAGACUUGAAGGUUCGGACCUGUCCAUCCUUUGGCUACGCGUAGACAGCGACGACCAUCCGCGCGUCUACGGGUGCCUCUAUAGGUCCCAUAGCGGUAAUGCCGAAACAGACCGACUAUUCGACCACGUCCAAAUGGCUGCAGAUUCGUUGCUACAGCAGAUCCCCUCCGCAGAGAUCGUGAUCCUCGGCGACUUUAACGCCCAUCACGCCGAAUGGCUUGGUUCACGUUUAACCGAUCAUGCGGGGAGAUCUGUUCAUGAUUUUGCCUUGGCAUAUGGUCUGACACAACUGGUUACUUCGCCUACGCGGAUUCCAGAUGUGGAGGAUCAUGCACCUUCCCUGUUGGACCUUCUGCUGACCUCUCACCCGGACGGAUAUCAGAUUUCCGUCGACGCCCCUUUAGGCUCCUCGGACCAUUGUCUGGUCCGGAGUGUGGUGCCACUCACGCUGAAAUCGCGGUUGCAUUCUGCAGGCUGCCGCCGUGUUUGGCACUAUAGGUCAGCCGAUUGGGAUGGGAUGCGGUCUUUCUUUGCAUCCUACCCUUGGGGGCGGGUUUGCUUCUCGCCGGAUGAUCCCAACGUUGUUGCGGAUUCUGUCGCUGAUGUGGUACUUCAGGGUAUGGAACUUUUUAUUCCUUCCUCUGUGGUGCCCAUUGGAGGCAAGUCUCAGCCAUGGUUUGGUCACUCCUGUAAAAUAGCAUCAUGCUAUAAGCAGGAGUGCUACCAAGCCUGGGCUGAUGCAUCAGCGUCCCGGGAUGUAAACACCAGCGCUCUAAAAAAGAAGUAUAAUUCCGCCUCUAGGUCCUUCAAAAGAGUCAUUGCCAAGGCAAAGUCAGAGCACAUAGGCAGAAUUGGCGAGAAACUAGUUCGCCUUCCUUCUGGAACCCGUGCAUUCUGGUCUCUCGCCAAGGCUGUCCAGGGUAAUUUCUGUCAGCCAUCUCUUCCAUCUCUGCACAGGGAGGACGACUCACUGGCCCAUACCGCAAAGGAGAAAGCCACUGCACUGGUGGACCGCAUCCAGAUGGUGUGGAUGAUAACCAUGAAAAAAGAAGAAGUUCAAGAAAUUUUCCUUAAAAUUUUAAGAGAGGAAGAGGAUGUCUCUGCUGGAGUAGCGGCAAUUAGAACACUUCUUACAGUAAUAGAAAAUUAUAAAGUGGCAACUGUAAGGGAACUUGAUUUGAACCUACAGCUCGCCGUGGAUGCUAUGCGACACUGUGACCAGCCUGUGACAGCUAUAUCCUCAGGGUGUGAACUCUUUAUGAGGUUCAUCACAUUUACCAAACUUGAUGUUAAGUCAUUUGAAGAAUGUGAACAGAUCAUGUUACAAAGAGGACACAUAUUUUUUGAAACAUUACUUGAAGCUAGAGGGAAAGUUGCUAAACAAGCAUUACCUUUUAUUAGUGAUGGUUGUAAAAUUCUGACACAUUCCAGAUCAAGAGUAGUUCUUCAAGCGAUGCUGGAAGCAGCAAAAGCUAAUAAAAGAUUUCAUGUUUAUGUCACAAUGUCUGGUCCGGACAAUAGUGGAGUGCUGAUGCACAAGCAGCUGGAAGCUGGUGGAGUUGACGCGACGCUGAUCUUGGACGCGGCCGUCGGUUACAUCAUGGAGCAGGUGGACAUCGUGAUGCUCGGCGCUGAGGGCGUCACCGAGAGUGGCGGCAUUAUUAAUAAGAUUGGUACAUACAGUUUAGCGAUGUCGGCAUUAGAACUGAAGAAGCCCGUCCAUGUGCUGACAGAAAGCUUCAAAUUUUCGAGAAUAUAUCCGCUCAACCAACAGGAUUUGCCCAAUGAAUUUAAAUACUUAUCGAGUGUCUUGAAAAGCGGCAAGGAUCUCUCGAAAGAACAUCCCCUUGUUGAUUACACGCCACCUGCCUAUAUUACGCUACUUUUUACAGAUCUAGGAAUUCUUACCCCGUCAGCAGUUAGCGACGAACUAAUUAAGUUGUAUCUUUAA